AUGGCAUGUUUUCGACAACUUCAAGCUACAACAACACAACUCAUGGGAAAUUUGCCUUCUUUAAGACUUUCCCCAUCUUUUGCUUUCUACCGAACGGGCUGUGACUAUGCUGGACCAAUAACUCUUCGAAUCGCCAGAGGUAGAAAUCCAAAGUACACGAAAGGAUACUUCGCAUUAUUUGUUUGUAUGGCGACAAAGGCUUUACAUUUGGAAGUCGUGAGCGAUUUAUCUACGGACGCAUUCAUAGCGUCGUUGAGGCGAUUUAUUGCUAGAAGAGGAAAAUGCAGCAUCGUUUACUCCGACAAUGGCACCAAUUUUCAAGGAGCUGCGAGAACCCUGUGUGAAUGUAUCAAGUUGGUGCGUUCUGAAGAACACAAUCAUCUGGUGUCUUCAACCUUGACAGCUGAAACAUCAAAUGGGAGUUUAUUCCUCCACAUAGCCCUCAUUUCGGGGGCCUUUGGGAAGCUGGUGUAA